CUAGGUCAGGGGCCUCUCCAGCCAACAUCAAAGCCUGUCACCAUCGCUGCUGGAAAGGCAAGCAUGGGAGGGCGGAAGAUGGCAAGAGAUGAAGAAAAUGCCUAUGGUCGCGAAGACGGGGACGACGUGUCCCCCGCACGCGAGCCCCGGCUCGGGCUAAUCCUGGUCGGCAGGACCGGCGCGGGCAAGAGCGCCACGGGCAACAGCAUCCUGGGCCACAGGCGCUUCCCGUCCAGGCUCGCCGCCGCCCCGGUGACCAGGACGUGCGCCCUGGGGAGCCGCCGCUGGGCCGGCUGGCGCGUGGAGGUCACCGACACCCCGGACCUCUUCAGCGCCGAGGGCCGCCGAGCCGACCCGGGCUGCGCCGAGCGGGGCCGCUGCUACCUGCUGUCGGCGCCCGGGCCGCACGCGCUGCUGCUGGUCACCCAGCUGGGCCGCUUCACCGCCCAGGACGAGCAGGCCGUGCGCGGCGUCCGCGAGCUGUUCGGGCCCGGCGUGCUGGCGCGGGCCGUGGUCGUCUUCACCCGCCGCGAGGACCUGGCGGGGGCCUCGCCCCACGACUACGUGCGCGCCACCGACAACCGCGCGCUGCGGGCCCUGGUGGCCGAGUGCGGCGGCCGCGUGUGCGCGCUGGACAACCGGGCGGAGGGCGCCGAGCGCGAGGCGCAGGCGGGGGAGCUGCUGGCGCUGGCGGCGCGGCUGGCGCGGGAGCACGCGGACGCGCCCUUCACCAACGACGUGUACCGCCUGGCGGCGGAGCUGCGCGGCGCGGCCCCGGACGGCGGGCUCCGGCGGGUGUGCGAGCGGCUGGCGGCGGGCGGCCCGGGGCGGGGGCGGGCGCGGGGGCGGCGGUGGCGGCGCGUGCUCGUGCUGCUGGGGGGCGCGCUGCUGCUCGGCCUGCUGCUCUGCCGCCUGCGGUCCUCGGCCUGGCAGGAGAUCAGUCCGGACUGA